CGUUCAGUAACACGAAAAGAUGCACAGCGCAGACGGGCUGCCCCACAACUUUCACUCUCUCUGUGUGCCACACAAAGUUUCUCUGGAAUUAUCAGAACUGAAACAAACAUUCUGGAAACACAUCUCUGAGGACAUUCGGUUACAUCAGGAGUUCUGAGGAUGAUGUCAGAGUUCAUACUAUGAUCUGAAGAUUUUGCUGGGAAAGAUUCUGAGCGUUCAGGGUCACGACCAGAUCUCCCACAGUUUGAGGAUCCAAUCGCAGGAUCCUCAGUGACAGUUUUGCCUUCAGUAUGUGGUUCAUGAACUUCUUGAGAAACGCAGUAUAAUGCGCAAAUGGACGCUGCCAUGGAAACUGCCAGACUUGCUGUGUGGACUGUGGUUGCACGUCGUGCUGGUCUUAAGCCGUAUAUGCAUGUGUGACGGCGAGGGGGUCGCUGGUCAGUUGUCUGUGACCGACUGUUUCAAGCACGAACGCCACUCCAGGAACUACGACUACAUGGAAGGAGGGGACGUUAGAAUCCGACGCCUCUACAGUCGCACACAAUGGUUCCUCACAGUCGACGAGUAUGGGAACAUCAACGGAACACAGGACCCCAACAACUGUUACAGUGUUCUGGAGAUCAGGACCAUUUCAGAGGGUGGCGUGUUGGCCAUAAAAGGACUGAAGAGCCAGUAUUAUAUUUCCAUGAACCGCACCGGAAUGUUACAAGGCAAGAAAGACUAUAACGACAGCUGCAACUUCAAAGAGUUGUUUUUAGAAAACUACUACACAGCAUACUCAUCUGUGAAAUGGAUUAAAAAUGGCAAAGAGAUGUUCAUCUCUCUGUCACAGAAGGGGAGACCACUGAAAGGAAAGAAGACAAGGAAAGAAAGUAUCGCUUCUCACUUCAUCCCUCGAAAGUGCAAUGAAGAUUAAAAGAAACUGGCAUAAAGCCACCACAUGUCCAAAUCUAUAAACAUAGAUGCAGUGAGGUCGCACAAGCUGUUUAUACAAUAUUACUGCAUUUGUUUUGGGUUUCACCUGUCUGGUGUGAUGAAUGUGAGAUUAUUCUCUGUCUGAAGUGAAAUCAAUAGAAAGAGAGCGAGGAAGAAUAAUUGUCAAAUGUGAAGAGUGUGUAAUUCCUGUGCACAUUUUUUCAAGCAGAAAACACACAGAAUCAUCAAAAUAGUCAAUAACACAUUUUUUUUGUUUGUUUGUUUUUUGCAGCUCAUAUGCAGGAUAUUCAUAAAGCUCUGGUGUGUAGGAACAUGGACACUGAUAAUACAUAACAUAAAUAUUUGGAGUUGUGUGUAACCAGCACUGUACACAGCUAUACAUUUUGAAUGGUAAUAAGCAUUUUUGUGUUUCAGAGAAAAUAAACAGGACCAUACCUUGGGGGGUGCUGGAUGGCAGAGACAGGCUAAAUACAUACAAAUUGUGCCGUUGUGAUUUAAUGUGCUGAGUAACGUCAUUUUUCCCACCGUGUCCGAUAUUAAAAUCAGUGCGACACAUUUUGCAAAAGGCGUGGCCAUUGUCGAUAUGGCUUCGAGAUAUGAAAUUCAAUUCUUCCGUCAAGCUGUUGUUAAAUUUACAUGUAUAUUUUCACCUGAGCACCACCUUCCAUCUACCAGUGACGUUUGAUUCAACUUCCCGCGUCUACAACCUGCGCAGAUAUCAACAGCGCAACUGGGUUGUAGGUUGCCAAGUUGAGGUCACAAAUGGGUUGAAUUUGUGUGAGGUGUCGAUGGUGUGAGUAGGAUCUUCAUACAACAUCUGGCAAUUGGAAAACCUUUGAAUAAAAUAGUGAUGUGAUUAUUCAUAUAACAAGGUUUGGGCCAUACAAAUUACGGGAGUUUCCCGAAAGAAUUAACCAAACGGGUGGGGGGUGGGAGAUGGGUGUGAAAUAUGGGAGACUCCCAGGAAAAACGGGAGUGUUGACAGGUAUGAACAGAACAUCUCUUUCACAAUCAUUAGAGCCAUUUAAAAGUUAAAAUACUAUAUAAACAUGAUUUCAAACAUUUCAUACAAAAUAUCAAUCUCUCUAAAUAUGACACAUCACUGCACUGUGCGUGUGUUCUUGGUUUGUGUGUCUGUAUCAAUGAGCUGAACAGUUUUAAAUAUCAAACACAUUCUGUUUUGACUGUGUGAAAUAUAAUUAUAAGUCCAUAUCUGCCAAAUUCAUCCUGCAAAGUUUUUCUUUUAAUUUAUUUUUAACAUUCCAUUCGUGUUUCCAGCUCUCAGUUCUACAUGUCUAUGAAUAAAUUAUAGCAGUUCACUUAUUUUAAAUCAACAUGAAAACAAAAUUGACCUCUAUUUAAUUUCUUAAAAGAAGAGUUCACCCUAAAAUGAAAACACUGUCAUCAUUUACUCACCCUCAUUAUUUCAAACCCUUAAUGACACCCUUCCUUCCAUGGAACACAAAUGGAGAUGCUAGGCAGAAUGUUGGCCUCAGUCAUUACUUUUAUUUCAUGGAGAAAAAUAAAGAUGCAAUGAAAGUGAUACAGUGACUUUAAUGUGAGAGUCUGACCAUACUUAAUUUUCACAAUCACUCAGUACUCUAAUGUGAUUGUGUCCAUGUGUUUUUAUGUGUUAUUUAUGAUAUUUAUGUGAGAUCAGAGAGGGGAGGACUGUCUGAAUGAAUCUGAAAUGAUGAACUGAAAUGAUUAGUGAAUAAUCUGCAUGAACACCAGAGUUCUGUAUCAUUAUGCUGCAAACACACACACAGUGUCAGGAGGGUUUUCUUUUGCUGCUAAAAAAUAAAGUGAAAUUAGAUGUGUUUUAUAAGAUUAUAGAACAAAUCUUCAAUAAAAUAUGUAU